AUGACUAUCUACGGCAGGAUGGACGACUCUGUCGAUCCCAAUGACACAAACUAUGGGAGCAUUCCCUCCCUCACCUCUUCGCCGUCGAUGGAGAGACUCGCCAGUUCUGUUGGGCCCAUUCAUCAUAAUUUCGACAACGCCUUCUACUCGCCAGUGUCUUUUGACACCAUAGAACCCUCAUCUUUGGAACUCGUUCAUACCUCUCAUGACGAUUCAUGCCUCGACAAGUGUUUGGGCAAUUUUCCUCCCCAAGCGAUACACCGGAAUACCUAUGCGCCUCCUUUUCCUUCGAGAGCGCGGUUUGCCGUCCCAUCGUUUCCGUAUCCCUAUCAUCUACCCGACAACAAUGCGUUUCAAUUCCCUCCACAACCUUUUAACCCCUUAUAUUCGGACGCUUUUUCGAAUAUGGGGUUAAAAUACAACCUAAGUCGCGACAUUAGGCCAGGGCACCACACUUCUAAUAGCGAAUCGCUCAUUGGCAAUGAUUUUCACGCCUCGGACCUAGGGGGUCCAUCAGAGCGCCCGAUUCCUGAUGAUUGCGCAUCCGUAAACUGCAGCAAGUAUUCGUGUUCAAGCGAGUGCUGCUCUACUCAGCUCUGCCAAGAGGAAGAUUGCUCCGGCGACGGGACGCCCUGCGAUGAUCUUAAUUGUUUUGAUGGCACAUCUCAGCCUCUGGACGAAAUGUGGGCUCUAAACCAAGGUUGGCAUAACUCCCUACAACCAGAAACGACGCCGACUUUACACAAUCAGCCUUGCAACCACACGAACACGGAACACGAUGUCGCUAUCACUUUACGGGACUUAAGUGCGCCGGGUGCCUCGAAUACCCAACAGCAACAGAAUCAACCACAGCAUGACUUUUCGCAGUUGGAUUGUAGGCUUGUCGGUGCUGACCAACCAACAGAUCUUGCGCGCUCGCUCUCUUUGCCCAUUCAAACCCAUUCAAGGCUUUCGCCUACCCCUGAUAUAGAUCUAGUACCGCCUCCCCUGGAAGAUUCCCUGGUACAACCGAGCAACAUAACCGAACAUGUAUGUCAAUGGGUUACUGCCUCUGAGGGAUCAGACACCCAGGGGAACAUCUGCGGACACGUUUGCAAUGACCCAUAUUCUCUCCACGAGCACUUGUGUAAUGAUCACAUUGCUUCGUUAUCAAAUAGGACGAAGUAUCUCUGUCUUUGGAAGGGCUGUCCACGCCGUGGUGAUCAAGUGUUUGCGUCGCGUAACAAACUGCGACGGCAUUUAGCAACACAUACCGCUUACAAGCCCCAUAAAUGUGAGAUAUGCGGUGAGGGAUUCUCAGCACAACAGGCCCUCGACCAACAUGUAAGGACGCAUACGGGCGAGACACCGUACAAAUGCGACUAUGAAGGUUGUGGCAAGGCUUUUAAGCAGAAGAGCGCCCUCACAAUGCACAAACGCACACAUACAGGGGAGAAACCAUUAGAAUGCGACAUAUGUGGCAAGCGUUUUUGCGAAUCGUCUAAUUUAUCAAAACACCGGAAGACACACAACCCUGAUUUCAAGUUUAAGUGUGACGAGCCAGGUUGUGGGAGCCAAUUUAUAAGAAUCGACCAACUUCGAAGGCAUCAGGCGAGGCACGAGAGGCCAAAGAGGAAACAGAAAGUCCGUACAGCGGCAGGUCCAUCUUCCGUCUCGCCUACAUUGUCGGAGACGCCGCAGGAUUCUAUUCUGCUAGAACACGAGCAGCAACCCCAAAUUAUAGUCUAA